AUGGCAGCUGCCUCUGUCCUGACUCCAAGUGCUCACUACCAGCCGUCGUCCUUUGCCUCAUCUACCUAUACGCCUCUAAUGUCCGGCUCCUCGCCCACGACCAGUAUGAUUACCUCCGCCGAGCCUCGUCGGCCGACCGAUGACCACGCUAGCGAAGCGCCCCCUCGCCAGUCGCUGCCCUCCAUCUCCGAAGUCAUAUCUGGUGCCCGCCCUGGCCAGUACGCUCCUCACCACAGCAGCAUGCCGCCGCAGCCCAGCUCCGGCGGCUUGCCUUCGCCUUUUGCUCCUCCAUCUCGCCAAUACACCGACUCUGACAAGCACUCGCGAUCGCCGCAGCCGCUUCACCCUGCCUCGUUUCCCUCGAGGCAAGAUACCAUUCCUGCCUUUGCCGACUCCCCCAGACCUCCAUUCAACGGCCGCGCCGGCCUGCCUCCCGUCACCGACCGCAGACCAACACCCCCCGGCAAGCCUGAUGGCCCUGGCCAUGGCCCUGUUCAUCACGAUCACCGUGCCGUCUCGGGCGGCUACCCUCAGCCCCCCGCUCCUACCUCGCAUCCCUUCCAGCCCUCUCACCUACCGCCUGGCCAGAUGCCGCUGCCCGUAUACCCAAUUUCUCCCCGCCACGAGCACUACGACGCUCCCCGCCCCCAAACCCACGGCGAGCCUGGUCCCUACUCUCGCAGCAGAUACGAGGCUACCCCCCGACACUACGAAAAUUGGACUUACCACGAGUCUUUCAGCAGAAUUGGAUCCAAUUCCCGCACACUUUUCAACUUUGCCGAGGCCUACGGCCGUGCUGCUCAGGAGCAGCAAGGGGGCCAGUCAUCUGUGGAGCGCCUGCCUAGCGAACGCGAGGUCAAUGAAAUGCUAGCCAAUGCCGACUAUAUCAAGCGGUCUCUGGAGCAGGUCCGUGAUAUCGUCCAACAUACCGAGCGCGCGCGCGAGGGAGCCAAGGCCAAGAGUGCGUACGAAGAGAGCCACGACGCCAGCAUGUACAACGAUGGCAUGAAGCCUCAUUACCCUGUCAAUGAGGUCAAGAAGCGCCGCGGUCGCGCUGCCCCUCCUGGCCGCUGCCAUAGCUGCAACAGAAUCGACACGCCUGAAUGGCGACGCGGGCCCGACGGCGCUCGCACACUGUGCAAUGCCUGCGGGCUGCACUACGCCAAGCUUGAGCGCAAACGCCAACUGGAAGCUCGAUCACUGCGACCCAAGACGGAGGAGCGCAACUAA